UUUCAGCUCGAAAGGCCGCACCGCGUCGGUGACCCAUGGACAUUGCCGACAUCCUCUCCAAGUACAAACGAUCAUCGGCGGCGUCCAAUGAUGCACCGAGCUCGUCGCUGCCGCCGAUCGAAAGCGGUUUUCUGCACCCAGUGAUGCCAACGCCACCCAAAGGCCACAAGCCCCGGACGCCGUCCAAGCGCGCAAGUCUCAUUCAGCAGCCCCUGUACUUUCUAAAGCCGCAGGAGAAGGCGCGCCCCGACCACCGCAAUAGCUACCGGGACAUGGGUCUCCUGUCGGCCGCAGACUUUGCACGGGGCGACUGCGCCGCGCCCAACAUCGAGUGUUGGCCCCUCGGCACGCGCGUACACAAGGAAGAGGACGCGCUUGGCAACAACCGCAAGGGCAUGCGACCCGAGAGGACACCGGCGAAACCGCUGCUUUUGCAGCAACUGGAGGCCUUUCUGGCGGCCGAGCUGAGCAUUGUGGGCGCCACCGAGCACAUGGACCGCGAGGCGGACGACGAAGGCCGCGCGCAGAUGCACUUGGCGCGGCUGCAAGUGUUUCGAGAGUGUUUUCUUCUUUUGAUUGAAGACUUUAAAACAUACCAGCCGCUAUUGCUCCGCAUCAAAGCCGAGUACGAAGCCCUCUUGGACAUUUACACGCUCAAGGUGAGCAAAAUUCCGCAAUACGAAGCUACGAUUCGAACGAUGGAGCAAGAAGCCCAGCACGUGAUUAGCGAGCGCAACCUCAUCAACAAGAUGAAAGUCAAGGCACUCAAGAAGCAACUCAAGUCCACCCAAGCCAUGCUGACGUCGUAUGCAGCGGCCAAUGCGAGUCUCGAAGAUGGCCGCACCAAGCUCCAGAGCGAUCUGCAGGAGCAAACCAAGCGCGUCGCCGACGUCAUGGCCACCAACCAGAUGCUCUUGCACUCGAUGAAGCGUCAGGACGAGCGCCAAAAGCAACACGACUCACAGUUGAGCGAACUCCACGGCGUGUUGCAAGGCGUGACGACCAAGUACACGCGCGCACAAGAAGAAAUCAACGAGCUCCGAAGCUCCAUCUUGAUGCUGGAAGAGCGUGCCGGUGGCAUUGAUGCCAGCGCCGACAAGGCGACGAUCAAUCACUUGACGCGCGAGCUCCAAGAGCUCCUGCACGCGAAAACGACGUUGGAAAAACAGGUGGCGAACCCUGUACCACUUGCCGAGUCGGACGUCCUCUCCCGCAUCCUCGCUGGCAUGACAGCACAAAGUGUUUCCGCUACCGACAUGUUUGUUUCGGGCGCCCCGACGACGGUCGAUGGCUUUGUCAACGGGCUGUGCACGUACCUCUUGCGCACGCCGCCGGUGCCGCCAGCAACAACCACAACUGUCGCGUCGUCCGUGUUUGUGACGCAGACGCACCAUGACGAGCCUGACGAGCAGGCACCGACAGUGACAGACAGCGGCGAGUUCUUCAUUGGGCAGGGCCUCGACGCGUCGGUGCCCGAGUACCUGCAAUUUGACGGGCGUGUCCGCAACCUCUUUUACUCGCGACGAGACGUCGAGCGCUGGAUCACAGACAUUUGGCAGCAAAAGGAUAUUUCCGAAAAGCUCAACUUGCACAACAACGCGCUCGGGCCUGGCCGCAAGCGCGGGAUGCCGAUCCCGGGGGGGCACCAUGCGAGCUUUCUCAUGACGCAGGCACCCGCGACAUUGGUGCCACUGCGACAGUUUUUUGCAUCGUAUUUGGCCAAGAAAUUUCCGCACCGCGCCGACGCGGUCGAAUGCGCGUACAACAUUUGUGAAGCGCUCAAGCAGUACAGCUAUGGGUGCGAGUGCCGCGUCUUUGACAUGACGCUGCACGGCGCGGUGCCCGAGACCGCGCGCUUGGACCAGCUCCAAGUUGUCUACAUGGUCCACGAAGCCUACACGACGCUCGAGAAGAAUGAAUCUGAAAAUAUCGUCGCCAACAAACGCAAGGGUCUCGUCUCGGUCGGCGGCGCGAUGCGGGAAUUGCGCAUCCUCUUUCCGUGGAAAACCGAAGCUGCGAUCGCAGCGUUGUGCAAAGCCCUUCUUUUCGAAGCCAAGGGCGUUCUCUACAUCCCGUACACUGCGCUGCUCGAGCCCGACCGCCACGGGAAUCUCUCGUCGUUUUGCGAGUGUCUUCGGCACCAGCAUCUUGACGAGAUUUUGCACCUCAAGAAAUUACUACUGACGGCCGUGCACGUUGCUGAGAAGCAAGCCGGACCCGACAGCAAGGGCAUGCUGAGCUUGGACACGUUGCGACACGCCAUCAAGUCGUGCGACCCAGAGAGGACAAUGGCGGCCACGAAUGCGAUUUUGGCCGAGUGCACCAACAUCCCGCUCGAGCGACUCGAGAACGAAGGUGCGACGCUCGUAAGUGGCGCCAGCGUCCGGAGCAAGCUCGAGGGUAUCCUCGUCAAGCCAUCGGGGCGGCUGCCUCCCACCGACACGAUGUAACCCUAAUCGCUAUCGUCAGCGGACGCGAGCAGAGACGAGAGUACGACUACGCUAUCAUACUAGCGAGAAUGAUAUCGCAACCACCACUCCGUCCCACGUCCCGUUGUUGUGGACUCACUACAGUACCAAGGAUACGCCCGGAUAGCAUUUGAAUGGUUCUCGCGAAAUGGAUAGUUCGAGUUUG